UGAAAUUAAAAGUAUUUUUUGUUAACUUGCUACCUUUUAUUCAUAUAACCGACAAUUACAGUAUAUUAAUCAUUAAAUAAAAUCAGAAUAAUCAACUCUUAAACUAACUAUAAUACCAACAAACACACGAGGAAUUUGAAUGGAUUAUGAUUAUCAUCAGUCGCAGCGCACACGUGUCACAUCGGAGUCAGAGUUCCAGACUCGUUCAAACUCCCGGCGCAGCGCGGUGAGCACGCUGGGCUCGGAGGUGAGCAGCGUGGCGUCGCUGGCGAGACAGUCGGGCUCCAGGUCCAGCGCGCCCAGCGCCGCCACCGCCUCGCCCGCCGCGCGCGCGUCCACCAGCACGAACUCGUGUUCCAGCCGCACCUCGGGGCUCAGCACCUUUACUUCUACACCAUUCUUAGCAAACAACUGCAGAUUCUCCAAGUCGUCAUCGUCGCUGUUGUGUAUCGCAAUUCUGAUUUUCACUUUAUUGUUUUGAUGGACUGUCACCAAACACUUGGCGAGGGUCUCGCUGCUGAGAUUGGGCACGCAUACAUCUACUGUCUGACUGGCGUUUACGAUUAUGAACCGAAUACAAUACAGAUUGUUCUGCGCUAUUUGCUUCACCUGCUUCUCGUCCCCGUCCCCGGCUCCAUAGAACAAUACUUCAUUGAUCGCGGUGUCGGACGGCUCCACGUUUCUGAAAAUAUUUAUCUCCAGCAUCUUCAAGCCGAAGCCAAAAACUUUCGACGAUCCGGCACUCAGUAUACAUUUCCAUGUCGAUUUAUUCAUUGUCGUUUUUGAUAUCGAUCAAAGCAGGAACUUUAAUAAUCUGGAUCAAUCAAGUUUCCAAGGGUUAAUUAAAAAUUGCUGUAGGUAGGUAUGCCAUUAUAGUUCCUGUGUACCCACACAAAAAAGUAUAAAAUGUAAGUUUUACCUUUUUCUUGUCGAUGGAUGUAAUGUUCCUAGUCUAUUUUUAUUACGUAAUAAAAAAAAUGUAGGUGGUUGACAGAACAGUUGAAAGUGCAGGUUUUGACAUUUAUUUUAUAUAAUCUUAUUUUUAAUGAUUUUUAAGCAAAGGAUUGGAUAGUGUAGAUUUGUGCAUUACUCACUUCGUUUUGAUAUUUCAAUGGUGAGGACUACGCUGCGUGCGUAAUAAUGUCACUACCACGGAUACGUAAAGUGGUCGCUAGCGAAGACGGAUCGCUCGCCAAGGCGUCCGGUGACUCCGUCGCAUGCACUGUCCGCACGAACCCAGAACCGUUACGAAGUAGGAGUAAAAACAAAAUACCCAAAAGUGUGCGCUACGAUUUGGAGAACGCUUUAGUUAGUUUAUGUGACGUGUGGUUUGAAGAGAUCAAGCCGCACCUGGUACGCAACAAUAUAAAGCUCCACGUGCACGGUAGCAACGCGGGCGGGGACCACGAGUGCGUGCCAGCGCCCGCGCCCGCGCCCGCGCCCGCGCCCGCGCCCGCGCCUCCAGUGCCCACAGAGCCUGCAGCGCCCGGCUGCUCUCACCUCGACCCAGGUGCUGCCUCCGAUCAUCAUCCGCGACGGAGUGCGAGCUCUGCCGGCUGCUGCUCAACGCUGCCAACUGCAUCGAGAGCGCGGUGUGCCAGGCUGCACAUGCCCAGCCGUCGUCGCCCCCUGUCGCCGCUGCUAUCAGUGCCACAGACUCCUCACGAAUGCGCACAGACUCAAUCGCACAAUUGUGAAGAGAAGAAGCUGGAGCGGCCACGCAACCGUAGGAGACAUCGCAGAUCCCAGGCCGAGGCCCAGCCCUCACCGAGCCGGCGCGUGCCCAGGCUGUGCCGCACGUACCGCGCGCAGCCCUCGCCACCAUCGCCGUCUCGCGACCAUUAUUUCCAAUUUAUCGUGCCACGUCACGUGAUGAAGAAUAAGAGCACUCAAACAAAGUCAGCGUUGCCAAGCGUGAGCAGAGGUUGCCAGUGUAAGGCUCCAAAGACGCCUCAGAGCCCGCUGCCGCGAUGUAUAAACUCGCGAAGCCGCGCAACUGCCGUCUGCUCGCCACGCAGCCCGAAUGUUCGCAGCCCUGCUGUUUGCAGCACUGUCAUACGCUGUGAAAUCUCAAGCCGCUCUAAUCCGCGCAAAUUAAGCUCACACAGCCCAGAUCCCAAACCAGGCACUCGUAAAAAAAGCUCGUUAAGCCCCAGUAAGCCCAAUGUGACGCCCACUAGCCUUGAGUGCACCUCAGCCGAGUCGUCUCUGCCACGAAUUGAUAUCUGUCGGUUGAAGCGGCCAGAAAGAACAGUCGCAGUGGAUCUUCCCUUGUUCCAGGAUGUAAGGAUUUAAUAGAUAUUAUAGGAGAAAGCAAUGAUAUGAGGUUAAGGUUGUUGUGUAGCAGUACUAGGAGUCCUGAGAGAGAGGACCACCCUUCGUGCAUGACCUUGAUUCGCCACGACCGACAAGCUAGGCCUGGUGGUCUGAAGAAGUUACCUCCUUGGAGAUAAGACUAUGUAAAGAGUAAGUUAGUAUAGUAGUGGCCGAGCUCGCUGGUGAUAGAUUUAAAUAUUCAUACACACGCUGUACUUGUUUCUUUAUAUGUGUCUAACUUUACUUCAUAGAAGAGAAUUUGUUUGCUAUUGACAAUUUUUAUUUAUGUAUUGUUGUCAGUUAAGCCAUUGGUUAUUAAAAGAAAAACUUAUUGCAAUAGCUUUUUACUUUUAAUAAUCGGACUGAUGUAAGUAUACCUAGUAACUAGUACCCACAACUGUUGUACCUGUCCGUGAAUAAUACAUAUGUAGAUACAUUUCUACAUAUAGCUACAUAUUUAUCGAUUUGCGAUUAUGUUCAAAACAGGCUGGGUAGGUACUACCUACUAGUUCCUUCUGGUUAAGUACGUGUUUGCGCCUCAAACAUAUAUAAGGUCAAUUAAAAAUACAUCACACAAGACACGUUUGAUUGGUAUGUUUAAUUAAUAUUUAACUUAACAUUAAAACCUUACUUACGACUCUUUACAAAAUUACAACAGACGUAUCGACUACAAGGCGAUGAUACAGGGUGCUUUUCACACGAAUAAAAUAAUUUACAAAAACAGUCGUACAUAUACAUCACGCUCAUUACAAACUAAAUAAAUAUCUGACACAGUCACCGAGCUUCGAUCGCGACCGCGACAGCGCCCGCGCGCCGUCCGACCGGGGCCGAAACGCGCACGCUCUUUGGAUCCGAGUAAAGUUUGUGAAUCGUCCUCGCGUCACAUUCGCACCGCUUCUACCGCUAAUUAGUGUGCUUCACGUAAUCCGUCUCGUAGUAGGCGGUCGCUCCGUGCGCACCCUUCCUGUCGAGCGCGCGCACGCGCACGAAGAGGAAAGCGGCCACCAGCGAGGCCACCACGAGCACUAGCAGCAACAUAACCAGUCCCGCCACGAACGACGGCACCGACAUGCAUAUUGUCUCCGGAUCACUCGCCGGAGACUGAAUGACGACGGUCUCGUUCGCCGCGGCAUUGUUUAAUGCGAAGUUCACGUCUCCAGGCGCCACCACCUGGAUCGUUCGACUAGUAUUGACGUCAGUCAUUUCUUGUGCGUCACGCUUGUAUAUUCUUGUUGGCGUCGAUGUCUCUCGUCUUCGCCUCACUCCGACCAACCUCUCUGGAAGGUCCUCGACGGAACGCGGUCUUCCUCCUAAUGUUGCUAGAUUAACGUGAGCGUCAUCUUUCCUUUUAACUGUGUUGUAUACGCCGCGACGGCCUGGAGGAGGUGGGGGAGGCAGGUUCACUUCAUCUUCAUCGCGUGCGGGCGCUGGUGACGAUGGACUAGGUGCAUUUGGUGUCGAUGACACUUGUGCUUGUGGAGGUGGUACAGCGUCAUCGCGUUUUUCUGAGAAGGAUCCUGUCGCAUCCGCGGGAUGUCGCGGGUCGGGGAACGCAGGUGGCACGCCAUAUUCUCCAUGAGGGGCUGGCGGUGGAGGACCAUAUUCCGCGUGAGGAGAAUUGGGUACACCAUAUUCUUCGGCACCCAGAGUAUUUCCACCUAACAAAGGAACUCCAUAAUCAGCACCGAGUCCACCGCACUUAGGUUCAGGACAGUUAUAUCUGCACACUUGGAUUACACAUUGGAAGUGUACAUUCAUUGAAUCAGGGAAUUUAAAUGCUUGGAAAUAUGCGAAGGAUACCACUGAAGCUGAAGGACCGAAAUUCUUUAUCUUUUGGAAUUUGCUCAUAAUCUUGGGUCUUACUACACAACCGUAUUGAUCGACAAGCUGUAUUGGUGCUCUCUUUCCAUCAUGUGCCACACAGUUUCGCACUAACAUGUCGAACUUGUUUUCAUCAUCUUUGAUUGCUAACACCAUUGUCAUAGUCUGUCCUAUUUUCACUAUGCCUGACACUUCUGAAGCCCAAGGUCCUUUUCCAACCUGUAUCUGCAUCCAGCAUUGCAGGUUGUCUCCGAGAAAGUUCGCCGUGACUGCGUGUAACAUGUCCACUUGGAAUGGUCGGAACGUAACUGCCUUUUCGUAAAAGUCAUACCACGUGCAUCGUAAUUUUCUUGCUUGAUCCCAUACUUCUUGGACGUAAGGGUCGUACUGGACAAUGAUAGUGUUCUCCACGUAGGAACCGCUAGGUGUAGGACUUCCAUACGUUGCUACAUUGUGAUUUGCAGAACUGCUCAUUCCGCAGCUAUUGAGGAAUAUUUCAAAAGUGGCGCUGAGAUGACCAGUUCCUGGCUUCAAAUGCAUACAAUGAGGGUCACUGUAGAAUCCCUUAGAGAAUAUCAUACCGUAAAAUGGACGGUCAAAUUCUAUAUUGACACGCAUGCGUGUUUUUUCACAUUGAACUUGUAGAUGCUUUAUUUUAGGACUAUCCGGUGUUGCCAGAGGCCAUGGGUCGUCUGUGUGCGAGGGGGGUAGUGGCGGCCCGUAACCGGCCCCUGUUCGAUGUUCCAAAGGCAACGAAGCCGAGUCUACCGGAGGUUCGCAUGUUGCUUCCUGGAAAAAGAAAGCCAUACAUUAGUUUUUGUGU